UUCCGGUCGCUCUCGCGUUUUGUUGGGCGACUGUGAUAAAGGACUCAAAGUAGGCAGCGCCUGUCCUCCCCAGCGAUUAGUCUUGCCCACUUUGUUUCCACCGCCUCUUCGGGAAGGACGCGCCACAUCCUGGGCCAUGAGCUUCAAGCACAAAAAUGCUAAAAGAAUUGAAGGGCUUGAUAGCAAUAUGUGGGUGGAAUUUACAAGUGCCUCUGCAGAUCCCACUAUUGUUAAUCUUGGACAAGGACUUCCAGACAUAUCUCCUCCUAACUAUGUAAAAGAAGAAUUAGCAAAAGCAUCCUUGGUGGAUAGGCUGAACCAGUACACCCGGGGUUUUGGUCAUCCACCAUUGGUGGAAGUCCUGUCCCAAGUGUAUGAAAAAGUUUGUAGAAAAAAGAUUGAUCCGUACACUGACAUUCUGGUGACAGUAGGGGCAUAUGGAUCCCUAUUUAGUGCAAUACAGGGACUUAUUGAAGCAGAAGAUGAAGUAAUAAUAAUAGAGCCCUUCUAUGACUGUUACGAGCCCAUGGUGAGGAUGGCAGGAGCCACACCUGUUUUUAUACCUUUGAGACAUAAAUCUGCAGUUGGAGAAAUUGCUUCUAGUGCUGACUGGAUCUUGGAUCCCACUGACCUUGCAAAUAAAUUUAAUUCCAAGACUAAAGCUAUUAUACUGAAUACCCCUCAUAAUCCUAUAGGAAAGGUCUAUAAAAAAGAAGAGCUCCAGAUAAUUGCUGAUCUCUGUAUUAAAUACGAUACACUGUGCAUCAGUGAUGAGGUGUACGAAUGGCUAGUUUACACUGGAAAUAAACAUACUAAAAUAGCUACUUUGCCUGGAAUGUGGGAGAGAACAAUAACCAUAGGAAGUGCUGGAAAAACAUACAGUGUAACUGGCUGGAAGCUUGGUUGGUCCAUUGGUCCGCCACAUCUGAUAAAGCAUUUGCAGGUUGUUCAACAAAAUACCAUCUAUACAUGCCCAACUCCAUUACAAGAGGCUGUAGCACAAAGCUUUCUGCUUGACUACAAACGCAUGGAUGAUCCAGAUUGCUAUUUCUUCUCCCUGCCUAGAGAACUGGAAAGUAAACGGAACCGAAUGGCUCAGAUGUUUCGGGAGGUUGGACUGAAGCCUGUUAUUCCAGAGGGAGGAUAUUUUAUGAUUGUUGAUGUAUCCACACUAGAUAUAGAUCUGUCUGACAUGGAAAAAGAAAAACCUUAUGAUUAUAAAAUUGUGAAGUGGCUGAUAAAAUCUAAGAAACUAUCAGCUAUUCCUCUGAGUUCAUUUUGUGGGCCAGAAACCAAAGAUCAAUUUGAAAAAUAUAUACGCUUUUGCUUCAUCAAAAAAGACAGCACAUUAGAUGCGGCAGAGGUGAUUCUGAAGAACUGGAAGAAACAAUGACCUAGAAGUGAACAGCUUCUGUCAUGGGGGGGCAAAGGGGGAGACAGAUCAACAAAUUAUUUAAGAUUGCAAUGUGCUGCCAUCUGCUGGGUGUUUAGAAUUAAUAAUUUAAACUAAAGGUGCUGCCAUUGCUAUCUUCCAAUUAUAGCAUUUUUUAAAACAAAUUCAGUAGAAUUCUACCCCCCCUAAUUAUUUUUAACAGUCUUUGAUAAAAAGUAUAAAUAUUAUUGAAAAGCGGUGUUUCUCAAACUUGGCAACUUUAAGACAUGUGGAUUUCAACUCCCAGAAUUCCUGGCUGGGGAAUUCUGGGAACUGAAGUCCACAGGUCUUAAAGUUGCCAAGUUUGAGAAACACUGUUCUAAAGGAAUUCAAACUACUGUGUUCCAUUAUACUGGCUACCAAAAGAUACUGUGCUUUUAUUGCAUGGCAUAUGAUUUCUUUUUGUCUGAUAGCAAUAAUUCUACAUUUAAAAAUUGUCAGCAUAAACUGGUAUUUGAUAUCCUUAUCCAUAUAGUGAAGCAUGGCAAUAGAAAGAUGUACACAUUUUCUGUACCUGAUUGUACAAACGCUGAGGAUCUUUGCUGUGAAUUCAGGAUUCCCAGCAUGUAGAAGAAGGAGAUGGCAGGAUGGUAGAAUAUCCAUAUCCCCAGGUGCCAUGCUAAUCUUGCUAUACAGUACUCUUUUUCAGCAUCUUGUGUUGUCAUAAACAAUUUUAAUCUCAUGGUUUUUAAACAAAAAGUAGGGCUCAUUUUCAUGUAUUAUUUGUUGUACAUUUAAUCAUACAUAAAAUAGGAAUACAUUACCUUGGCACUAGCAUUUGUAAAAAAUUCUGUUCAGUGCUUUCCCUAAACAAACAAACCUGCAACUUCUAUAUAAUUUAAAAAGUAGUAAAAUACAGACCUUUCAUUUUUAGCUUCUUGCCCAACAAUAUGAUAGAAUUCUUCAAGUACAACCUUCUAAAAAUUAGGAAAUACUUAUUAAAUUCUCCAAAUUGUAAAUGCCAAGCUGGCUAGAAAUUCUGAGAUGUAUAAUGGAAACCUAUCUGGAGGACACCAGGGUGGAAAACAAUGUUACGUAUGUAUUUCAUCUUAACAAAGCAUCAUUUUUGUACUGAAAAUUAUACAUAAAUGAAACAUUUAUAUAGAUAUAGUUCUAACAUAUAAAGCUAAUAAUGUAAUAGAAAGAAUGUAGGACAACUAUGAUGGAUUACUCUAGAAAAAAGGAACCAGAUUGCUUUAGAAUCUGGGUUCUUCAUCUCCCCAUUUUGUGUAAAUUAGAUAAGCCAUUUGAUUUUUUUUUUCAGUUGACAAAAUGAGAUGUCUCAUCUGUCUUAACUGGCUGUUUCAAAUGAUUACCAUUUUAUGUUAUAAUUCUAUUCCUUAAGAACAUGUUAAGAAUUGUCAGCUAAUUUUAUGGAAUGAAAAAUUGAUUUAACAAAUCAUUAAAAGUGUAUAGUCAUAAAUCUUACCUGAUUAUUUGUCUUCGUUGAUUUCAUAACUAUGAAAAAAUAUAUUAAACAUAAUAUAGAAAUAUAA